AUGAUUUCUUANAAUAAUUAAAUAUAACAAGAGAAUGAUAAUAAUUCAAUAUAACUAGAGAGUGAUACUUCUGAAAAUACUAUAGAAGUUUAAAUUAAUUCAACUAAAGAAGAACCCUAAACUGAGAAUAUUUCUAAGUUCACUCCAAAUGAAGAUACAAUUAAUGAAGUUUAAGAUAAUAAUAGAAUGUUCAAUUUUUUGAAUGAUGUUCAUAAAGAUGUUGAAAAUGAUAAUAAUUAAAUUAAAUAAUAGGAUUAAAAAUCUUAUAAUUUCAAAGAAUAUUCAUUUAAUAAAUUUGAUGGAGAUUAACGUUCUUUUUAUAAUGAAAAUGAAGAUUCUAUAUUAAAAGUAGUAGAAAGAGAAUAACCAAAAGAAAUUAAUAAUAAUAAUAAUUAAUUUUAAUUUAAGGAAGAAUAAAAAUCAUACAAAUUUAUUAAUAAAGAAGAAUCAGAAUAAAAUAAAGAUAAAUAAUAAAUAGUAAAUAAUCAAGAUUAACCAUAAGAAACAUCAAUUCUUAAAAAAUAUUUAUUAUAUACAGAUUAACCAGAAGUGAUAUCCACAGGAACUACUGAAAAAGAAAUUGAAGAAGAUAAAAGAUUAAUUACUGCUUUUAAAUCUAUGGAUAGAGAUGAACAUUGGGAAAAAACAACAAAGAAAUAAAAAAUAAAUACAGAUGUUAAAAAUGAAUUAUUAAGAUGUACUUUAUUAUAAUAUUAUAUUAGUUACUAAAGUUGAUGAUGAACCAUAAAUAAAGGAACCUGAAUUUAAAGAGGUUACAGAAAGUAAAGUGGAAAAUCCUUAUAAAUUUAUUUCAUUUAAAGCUGACCCAUAAUAUGAAUAGGCUGAGAAUGCAAAAAAGAAUGAAAUUGCUAAAUCUAAAUAUGAUGAAUUACCAGAAACUAAAUUAUAAUCCAAAGAAGAUAUGAAAAGAGAAAAACAAUAAAAAAUAUGUAUUAAUAUAAAAAUGAAUUUUUAGAGGAAAUGCAAAAGAUAAUUGAAGAAUAAUUGAAGAAUAAAACAUUAAAAAAGAAAUCUGAAACAGAUAAAUCUUUAUAAUAUGAAAGUGAAUAUCUACAAUGGGAAAGAGCUACAUAAUCUAAAUAAUAUCCUGCUGAAAUCAAUUUUGUUAUGACAUAAAAUAAUUUAAGAAAAAGAUUGUGA